AAAAGCAAGAAAGAAAGAAAGAAAGAAAGACAGCAGAAAAAAGAAAAAAAUAUUCGAAGAAGAAGAAAUAAAAAGUCGAACAAAAAAGUAAGUACUUAUAAUUUUCGUGCCAAGUAGAAAAAAAAAGAGGACAAGACGAGUCACAUUUUUCAAAGUCUUCCGCUUACCUACAGGAAGGAGAUACAAGUCGUUUUAAAAGAAAAUCGUAGUGUGUCCUUUAAUACGUCAUAUAUAUAUAUACAUAUAUAUAUAUAUAGACGUGAGUACGUAAGUACGUGUGACGUAUAUCGAGUCUCGAGGACGAAUGAAACGAUUUGAAACGUUGUGGAAACGGGAUUUAUAUAUAAUACAUACUAUUCGGCACGAGGGUGAAGUUCAUUGAGUACGAAGGCGAAAGGUUCAAGGUCGUCAAAGCACUCGACGCGGAUUAACGAGAAGAGAGAGAGAGAGAGAGAGAGAGCGAGAGAGAGAGAGCGAGAGAGAGCGAGAGAGCGAGAGAGGGAGAGAGAGAGAUAAAUGGAUAAAUAGAGAGCGAGAGUGAGAGAGAGAGAAAGAGAGAGAGAGAGAGGCAGAGCAAGAUAAAGAAAAAGUAGUGGGGGAAGUUUGGAUCGGUAGGGAAGAUUAUGAUCGUAUCUAGGAGGCAUGAGAAACGACCAAGAGAUCCUUCGGAACUGAAAAGCAUCCUUGAGAGACGUGAAGCUAUACUCAACAAAUGGCGAGACGAGGUGUGCAGUGGAGGUGAAUUGCCAGAAGUAGAGAUCAUAAGUCUGCUGGAGGAACAGAUUCCCAGGUAUCGUCUACGGGCCGACACCCUCACGGAAUUUCAAGGUUACGAGAACGCGGAUUGGUUCAUUCCAUCGCCGGCGCUAAAAACUGAGGACGUCGAUUUGAAACUGUCGCCGGAACAAAUCCGGGAAACGCUCAACUACUUUCUUCUAUGCAGCAACCGGGUGAGCCAAAUGACCAAGACCUAUAAUGACAUUGAGGCAGUUACAAGGCUUCUGGAAGAGAAAGAGAAGGAUUUGGAAUUGACCGCGCGUAUUGGUAAGGAAUUAUUGACGCACAAUCAAAAACUUGAGAGUACUGUCAACGCCUUGGAAACUGAUUUGAAAGAGGCAAACGAAAAGAUAACACAGUUGAAUCAUGAAUUGUACAAAAAAACCGAACUCAUUCAAAUACUUACAAACGAUGUUGACGAGUCAAGCUCCGAAGGUGGUACACCAACUGGUUUGCGUGGUAUCAACUUGGACAUGAUGCAAAGGAAGAUAAGUACCUUGGAAGAUGAGAACAAACAAUUGCGUAAUGAAUUUUCCAAGUUGAUACAUGAAACUAAUGAUACCGAGGAACAAGAGGCCCGUCUUGUAAAGGAUAUUGCCGCUCAACUCGCAAAUGCUAAUAUGGAGGCGGACGGUAUGGCCGAGGAGCUUGGUCGACAAAAAGAAGAAAAUAGGUUACAACACGAACAAAUAGUUAGUCUUACCGCUAAAUUAGCUGAAACUGAGCUUAGGUUAGCUCAACUCAUGGCUGAACAUGACGAGGUCGGAGCUACUCUAGUCAUUACCAGAGAUAAUCAGAACACCCUUGCCAGUGAACUUGCUGAAUUCAAGGAACGAUACGCUGAGGUUGUAAAUCUUCUCUCUGAAACGCAAGAACAGUUGCGUAAACAAAGAAAACGCGGCAUGCCAACUGUAAGAGGUGGAUCAUUAUUUCCUUCGUUAGGUGCUGCACCACAGCCGGAUUCGAUAGCUUCGGAAUUGGAAUCUUCAUUAUAUUCGGAGCUAAGUCUCGAUUCUGGUAUCAUCACUGAUCGAACACCAACAUACAAGAAAGUAUUCGAAACGGUCCGUUGUGCUUCACGAGCAUCUUAUACGAGUGCAGAUAUGAAUCAAUUUCCUCGAAUAGGUUCUAUGACAACGUCAACUUUGUCGAGUGGUUCGAUGGGUCCACGCAUGAGUUGUGGCCAAGUUAAACCUAAUAUACCUUACGGUUUUACAAGUUUGGAUUCGACUGGGCACAGUGAGAGCGAAGGUUCCCUUUUCACAGAUUUUGAUGAUUACCCAGGACCACAAAGGAUUGGAGUACCUGGUGCACCAGGUGCAGCAGAUUUGGAAGCAGCUUUACGUCGGUUGACACCUGCAGAGGUGCUAGCAAGACGAGCAUGUUUAAGUACUGGUGCUGGAUAUAACUAUGAUUACGAUGGUGGAAUCCUACAUUCACCGCCAACAUUUUUACCGUUUGGUUGUCGAACACCUGACAGUAUAAUGUCAACUGGUAGCAGUGGUAAUCUGAGCGGUUUCAGUGGUAAUAUUGGAAAUACUUGGAGAGUUCCAGAGAAAUUACAGAUUGUAAAACCAAUGGAAGGUUCACAAACCCUACAUCAUUGGUCACAAUUGGCUACGCCUACUUUAGGUGGUUUAUUGGAAGAUAGGCCAGGUGUUAGAACACGUGGUGGGCGUGGUCUUGAAGAUCUUGGUUUGUUGACCUUUACUUUGUCGGAUUUAGAGGAAGAUGAAGAAUACGCGAAUCCUGGUAAGCUCUUCCAAGAUACAGGCUCAGUUUAUACUUUUACAAAUAGCACGGUACUUCAUCCGGAUGAACAUACAAGCGUGACCCCAAGUAUUGUGGGUAGUCGAGUCGCAACCGCACCUAGUAGCGCUGGAAAUUCUGGAAAAAAUAGUCCUCGUACUCGCAGCCGAAGUAAUUCUACCUCGACGUUCUCGACGACUCUUGGCCUAGCUAAGAUGCUCAAUGAGAGAGGAAUUAAGGCUGUGACACCUUCCUGUGUAGGUACUUCCUGUGGGGCGACACCCAGCGGCGAAAGAAAUUUCAUACCAACAGCAACACCAUGUAAUAGCCCGGACGCUAGCCCGCCAGCAACGAGAUCUACAUCACCACCGCCGCAGUCAUCCCCACAGCAAGAAAAUACUUCUCUAUCGUUUAGUCUGCUAAGUAGCGGCGCUGAAUUAUUGAAGCGUACAUUCAGUAGCGAUUCCUCGCAAUCGCAAAUUAAUAAAAGAACGAGAACGUCAAAACCAUCGUUGACGAGAUCAGAGAAAAAAGCAUUGUCUGGCAUACGUUUGGUUGAGAAACUCGAAAGAAUAGGAAUCGAUGCUAUAAUGUCAACGACAGUCGGCUCGUCGAUCUCGCCGUUGGCACUUCAGGGUGCUUUGUAUACACGACGUUCGAUGAAGAGUCCAAUGGCACAACUAACCUUCCUGAAGACAUCGAUGCCUUCCAGCAUCAGUCAGGAAAGAUUAUUUUCACCUUCGUUAGCCUCGUCCUCUUCUAGCGUCUCUUCUGAAUCUAGUUCAAAUCCGACAUUGGAACAUAUGAAUAAUAGUAACAAGAUGAACAAUGAUAACGUUGAUAAUGUUGGUGCUUCAGUUUUGUCAUCUGGUAAUUCUAAUUCAGAUUCACCUGUAAGAUCAUUGAUAAUCGAAUGUGCGUUAGGUACUCAACAAAAACGCGAUAGUGAUGGUAGUAAAACAACUAGAUCGGAUUUAGGUAAAGUCAAAGGUGCGGCUAAUACUACAACACCAGUUACCAGAGAGUCCAUUACUCAAUCUGCCCUUGGUUCUAUUAGUUCACUUUUCUUUGGACGUAAGGGUGGUCUUUUGUAAGAACAAAAAAAAAAAAAAAAAAAGGAAAAAAUAUCUUUUCUUCCUUCCCUUCUUUCCUACCUCUUUUCCUUCCUCUUUUCCUUCCUCUUUUCCUUCCUUCCCUCCUUCCUUCCUUCCUUCCUUCCUUCCUUUUUUAUUUUUUUUUUUUUUCCUUUUCGUUCCCAUUCGAUUAGCUGUCGAGCUAACGAUGAGUCGAACGUCGUAGUCAAAGUUUUAGCGGAUUAAUGGGUGAAUUGGUACAUUGGUGAAAACAAAAUGGUUCUGUUCGUUCGUUCGUUCAUUGGUUGGUUGGUUCGUUCAUUUGUUCAUUCGUUCGUUCGUUUGCAUGUCCGAUUAAAACAUAUUGGACAUUACUCGUGCUAUUACAAACACAUCGCAUUGCUUUCAUCUUUGCGACACUUAAUUUUCAAUCAUCGACCGGAUUCGAAUGUAUGUCUUAUGUAUAUAUACAUAUUUUAUUUUUUGAUAAAUACUUAAUCCUUUGCAGUCCGACAUUUCGAUUUCAAACAAUAUUUUCUUUCCGAUUAACGGAGACAUAUAAUUUGUAUACUUGAAUACAUAUGGUUAUUCAUCUUGAUUUAAUUUAUCAUUGAAAAUUUAACUUAAAACAAAAUAUCGUUCAAAUUAAUACAUAGAUUAUCGAUACGCCAAAGAAAAUAGAAAAGGAAAGAAAGAAAGAAAAAAAAAAAGAAAAAAGAAAAGAAAAGAAAAUUGCGAUCGGACAGCAAAGUAUUAAAUACUUUUAAGAAGCAUUAAUUAGUAGAUUCCUGAUAAAAUAAUCCUCCUUAUCGGAACGUAUGAUCCUUUUUAGUAAUCGAUCAACGAUCAUAGCGAAAAUCUUUUAGUCUCUAAUAAGAAUGUGUCGAGUAAACGAGAAGAAAAAUAAGAAAAAA